AUGCAGUCGGGCUCCCUCUGGCGAUCAUUUGCGCUACUCCAGCGUGCUUCUGCCCGGUCAUGCAUCACUGCAGGCUCCGGGCGUCGGGCCAUCCAGACAGCCAGCUCACAAUCAAAGAUCCCCGACUUUGCCUUCGCAUUUGACAUCGAUGGCGUUCUCCUCCGGUCCUCCAAGCCCAUCCCAGGGGCAGCUGAGUCAUUGGCGCUAUUACAAGAGCAAAACAUCCCUUUCCUUCUUCUGACCAACGGCGGCGGGAAGCACGAGACGGAGAGAGUAGCCGAGAUUAGCGAGAAACUCAAUGUCCCACUGGAUGCAGAAUUGAUCGUUCAGAGUCAUUCACCCUUCGCAGAGCUGGUGCACGGAACGGAGGGCCCGGGCCCAUUGGAGAACAAAUGCGUCUUGGUAGUAGGAGGAGAAGGCGAUCGCUGUCGCCAAGUGGCACACCAGUAUGGCUUCAAGAAUGUGGUGACUCCCGGGGAUAUCUAUAUGGCGAACCCGUCCGUUUGGCCCUUUCGGUCGUUCAAGGACUACUACGAGAAGAUCUCCAAGCCAUUGCCGAAUCCGAAAGAUCCGAGCGACCCUUCAAGGGGCCUGAAAAUUGAUGCGAUCUUUGUCUUUAAUGACCCACGCGACUGGGCUUUGGACGCUCAGAUCAUUACCGAUAUCUUGCUCUCAUCGCAAGGUGUCAUUGGCACGCUGUCGGAGAAGAACGGACGGACUGAUCUUCCUAACCACGGGUACCUGCAGGACGGCCAGCCGCACCUGUACUUCUCGAAUCCUGACCUCUGGUGGGCUGCGAGCUACCAUCUGCCUCGUCUCGGCCAGGGCGGAUUCCGAGAGGCGCUAGAGGGCAUCUGGACCGCAGUGACCGGAGGUCCUGACAAGGGUGUGAAGCUCAAGAAGACUGUCAUUGGCAAGCCGUACCAAGGGACAUACGAAUUUGCAGAGCGUCAGUUGCUGCGCAACCGCGAGAGGAUGUUCGGCGCCAACGUUCAGCCACCCUUGAGAAAUGUCUACAUGAUCGGUGACAAUCCCGAGUCGGACAUCUGCGGUGCCAACAGCUACCGCAGUGGACAUGGUAGCAAGUGGCACUCCAUUCUCGUGAGGACUGGUGUCUACAGUGGAGGCGAGCCUACGUGGACCCCUACGACCAUCGUCGACAACGUUCAGAGAGCCGUUGAAUGGGGAAUCAAGACCUCUCAGUGGCGAGCGCCCGAAGAGACCCCCGCCGCUGCGGACGCCCCUGCGGAGGGCGCGGAGCCCACCAAGAGCGCCAGCAAGAGCGCCGCUAAGAAGGCCGCAAAGGAGAAGGCGAAAGCUGAGAAGGCCGCUGCUCGCGCUGCCCAGGAGAAGGCCCAGGCUGCCGCUGCCGAAGCCAACGACACUGCCAAGCACCUGUACGGCAAGCUCCCCGAGUCCGAAGAUGCCCUUCCCGCGACGAGAUUCCCCGAGAUCACCGAUGAGCACUAUGAGAAGGAGAUCACGGUGGUUGCCCGUGUGGACAACGCUCGUGUGCAGAGCGCCAAGCUGGCUUUCCUGAUGCUGAGACAGCAGGGUCAGAAGCUGCAGGCCGUUAUUGCGCUCACGGAGCCCAUCUCCAGGCAAAUGAUCAAGUUCACUGGUGGUCUCAACGUCAACUCUAUCGUCCAGGUGACCGGUACUGUUAAGAAGCCCGCUGUUCCCAUUUCCUCCGCUACCCUGAGCAACCACGAGAUUCAUAUCAGCAAGGUCUACGUCAUCUCCGAGGCCGCCCAGAUGCUUCCCAUGCAGGUCAAGGAUGCUGAGAGACCGCCCCCGGAGACGACUGAAGAAGGACCCCAGGUUGAUGCGGAGGGCGCUCCCAUUGUUACGCUGAAGACUCGUCUUGACAACCGUGUUCUCGACCUCCAAACUGAAACCAGCCAGGCUAUCACCUGGAUCUCCAGUGGUGUGGCGCAAUUGUUCACUGAGUACAUGAUCAAGAGCGGCUCGCGGUGGAUCUUCACUCCCAAGUUGGUCGGUGCCGCCACCGAGGGUGGUAGCAAUGUCUUCGAGGUCAAGUACUUCAAGAGAAACGCAUACCUCGCUCAGAGCCCUCAAUUGUACAAGCAAAUGUGUAUUGCCGGUGAUAUGGAGAGCGUCUUCGAGGUCGCUCCCGUUUUCCGUGCUGAAGACAGCAACACUCACAGACACUUGACCGAGUUCACCGGUCUCGAUUUCGAAAAGACUUUCCGCUCUCACUACCACGAGGUCUUGGAAUUCGCCGAGAACCUCCUUGUCUUCAUCCUUACCGAGAUCAAGGAGCGCUACAAGGAUCAGAUCGCCGUCAUCCAGAAGUCCUACCCCAAGGCUGGCGACUUCAAGCUGCCCAAGGAUGGCAAGGCUCUGCGUCUCAACUACAUGGACGGUGUUGCUCUGUUGAAGGAGGCUGGUGUCGACGUUUCCGAGCAGGAGCGAUUCGAGAACGACUUCACCACGGCGAUGGAGAAGCAGCUGGGCCAAAUCAUCCGUGACAAGUAUGACACCGAUUUCUACGUGCUGGACAAGUUCCCCAUGGCUGUCCGUCCAUUCUACACCAAGGCCUGCCCGCAGGAUCCCACUUUCUCCAACUCGUACGACUUCUUCAUGCGUGGUGAGGAGAUCAUGUCUGGUGCUCAGCGUAUCAACGACAUCAAGGAGCUGGAGGAGUCGAUGGUCGCUAAGGGUCUUGACCCUAAGUCGGAGGGCUUCGAGGACUACCUCGCUGCUUUCCGCCAGGGAUGUCCUCCCCACGCCGGUGGUGGUCUGGGCCUGAAUCGUAUCGUCAUGUUCUUCCUGGGCUUGCCUAACGUCCGGUUGACUUCGCUGUUCCCCCGUGAUCCCCAGCGUCUGCGCCCUUGA